UGGUGACAGAUGACGUCUUAAAUUAGGUCAAGUCAAAAUAUUUUUUUAAAAUAUAUUUUUUUUAGAUUUCUAGCAUAGUAAAACGAUAUACAUCAAAUUGCGACAGAUUAACAUGUGAUAUCUAUCAACAUUGUUAAAUUAAAUUCAAUUAUUUAACAAUAAUAACCUUCAUAGGACAAAGGAAGGGUAAACUAGUCAUGGCAUGGUAGUUUAUUUUUAGUCACAUUUCAAAUUGUACAUUGUACACUCUAAAUAUUUUAUAAUAUAUUAGCUGCAGCUGUAGAAGAUGGCCAAGGAGGAAGAGUACGAUAAACUACCCGACAAAGAUGCUGCCAAAGAAUUUUACGCCAAGUAUGAGCCAAAAGAGAUUUUGGGAAGGGGUAUAUCCUCCACAGUUAGAAGAUGUAUAGAAAAGGAGACAGGAAAGGAAUAUGCUGCGAAAAUUAUUGAUCUCAGCACCAGUGAUGGCAUAAAUGAUAUGUCUACCUUAGAAGCAACUAACCAAGAAGUCACCAUUUUAAGACAUGUUGCUGGUCAUCCAUAUAUCAUUGAGCUACAAGAUGUGUUCGAAUCAUCAACUUUCAUUUUCCUUGUGUUUGAAUUGUGCAAAAAUGGCGAACUGUUCGACUAUUUGACAUCAGUUGUUGCACUUUCGGAGAAGAAGACCAGGUAUAUAAUGAAGCAGAUAUUUGAAGGUGUGGAUCACAUACAUUCGAUGAAAAUUGUACAUAGAGAUUUAAAGCCAGAAAAUAUUUUGUUAGACGACAAUUUAAAUGUGAAAAUUACAGAUUUUGGAUUUGCCAAAGUCUUAAAGGAAGGCGAAGUGUUACAUGAUUUGUGCGGUACGCCAGGGUAUUUAGCUCCAGAGACUUUGAGGUGUAAUAUGCUGGAAGAUGCCCCAGGUUAUUCUUUUGAAGUGGAUAUAUGGGCGUGUGGUGUGAUAAUGUAUACAUUAUUGGUGGGAUGUCCUCCGUUUUGGCAUAGAAAGCAAAUGGUGAUGCUUAGGAAUAUUAUGGAAGGAAAAUACUCGUUUUCUUCUCCUGAAUGGGCAGAUAUAUCAGAUGCACCAAAGGACUUAAUUAGAAAAUUGUUAGUCGUAAAUCCGAAAGAUAGAAUAGGUAUUAAAGAUGCCUUGCAGCAUCCCUUCUUCCAGACGGUGCAACUAUGGGAUCAGGAUAUAGGUGUAUUGAAAAACAUUUUGAAAGAAAACGUGUCUGAUACGACACCGAAAGUAGAACAAACUAAAUUUAAUGCAAAACGCAAGUUCCAAUCGAUUAUAUUACUCGUAAGAUCGAUGAUAAGAUUACAAAGACUUAGGUUCACGCCAGAACCGUUGAGUGUAGAUGUAGCUAGGACUGAUCCAUACCGUCUUAAGAUAUUAAGAAAGAUUGUCGACGGCUGUGCAUUCAGAGUGUAUGGUCACUGGGUGAAGAAAGGAGAAGGUCAAAACCGCGCAGCUCUCUUCGAAAACGUACCAAAGACCGAAUUGAAGCAUAUAUAUAUGACAAACCUUAGCCGAUAGUAAUUUUUCUUUAGAAUUAAGUAGACAAUUCAUUCAUAUAGUGAGUUAACGACAAAUUGGUUUAAUGCACUCUGUAACAACAUGUUUUUGCAACUAGGGCAUCAAAAAUUGGGAUUUUUUUAACGAUUCUCAAGAUUGGUGUGCAUAAAUCAAAUUUGUAUAGGCUUGGUAUUAAAAUUGGCAUUAUUUGACAUCUAGAAAUCUUUUUUACUAUACUUGGAUUGUUGGUUACGAUAUAUAGUUGUAAAAUAUCAAAAAUGGUCGAAGUAAAACAUCUUGUUUCACUCGUGUAUCAGUAGGGAGUGCAUGAUGGAUAUUUCUUAUCCUUUUUCUCUGCUUAAGUGUCAUGGGAAUUAUUUUUAUUUGAUUAAAAACGCAACUGAAUAAUCGCGAACGAGUUCCGUAUGUCCGUGAAUAAAAAAACUGGUAAAUUAUCUAUUUUUUCAUUUAAAUUUACUGCUUUUAAUUACUGCUUUAAAUUUUUUCAUGCUCAUUUUAAAGAACUUAGCAAUAGUAAAUGAGGCGCCAAACCCACAGAGUUACAGUGCUUGACACACGCUCAAAACAAAUUCCAUGCAUAACAAGGUGGGAGACAAGGAUGUAUACUGUCUCCACGGUUAUUUAACAUGCUUAAGGACUAUGUUACGAGAAGAGUGUUUGAAGGAUGGGAAAAGGAUAUCUCAAUAAAUGGCCCAAAAAUAAACAAUCUACGUUGACAAAGAUCAUGAUAGUGAAUAGACUACAUAAUAAUCAUUCAUAUAGAACUACGAUUGAGGUUUUGAGCUUUUUAAUUAUAUCUGGGAUCAUUGAUCGCAAACACAGGGUCCCUACAGGAAGAAAUAAAACGUAGAUGUGAUCUAGCAAAAAUCGCCGUAGGAGAGAGAUGGCCAAACUAGGGAAGGUUUCUCAAAUUUCACAAAUUCCAAAAAUGAGGUUGAUCAACUGCUUAAUAUUUCCAAUGACAUACGGAUGUGAAUCUUGGACCCUACGACAAGUGUUCAGACCCUAGCUUAGCUUAAAAACAUUGUCCAACGCGACGCUUGGCAACGAGAGUUUAUUAAAAGUUGUAAUAAGAUACACACGUAUUUUUUUAUUGCUCUGAGAAAGUAUAACUCCAAGUAUUAAUCUGCAUUCGAAAGUACACAACAAAAAGUCUAAUUAUAAAUCCUAAUCAUUGUGGUCCUUCGAGCCGGAUUAGAAACUUUGGUUUGAUAUUCUGCAGGUACUUUCGAUUUGACACCAUUUGUGUCGCUGGUUAAUGCUACCAUUUCAAGAAAAUUUGCCUUUUGUUGAAGAUAUAACUUGGAUUCACUAAAAUCUGGUAAUAAAUUUGAUUGCUUCCUUUCUAGACUACUGGUUUUUUGAACAUCUUGUAUACUCGUUACUUUCGAUAAAUUGGCCGAUUCAUGAGAAGAGUUUAAAACAGUGUCAUGAUUAGUAAAUUUGUCAUAUGAAUUUAAAAAUAGUUUGCAUUUACUAAAUACCGCAUAAUAUAUAUCCUCAAACUCUUUUCGCUCAUUAUAAUGUUCUAACAAUUCAUCAUGAUGGUUUUCCGAUUCUAAUUGCAAGUUAAUAUUGUCUAAUUCCUUUAAAAGCUCAUUAUACCUUUCGAAACGGGCUUUAAAUUCGAUAAUUUGGGCGUUACCUAAUUGUGAAUAUUUAGUUAAAAUCUACAUUUUCAUAUUUAAUAUCUUCAAAAAAUGAAUUAACGAAAUGCUGAUAUGUUUGUUUUUGUUUAAUCGAUCCUCUAAGUUUCAGCAAGGAUGGAGCCAUUAUGAUUUAUGAUUAGGACAAAUGUCAAAAAGAAAGUAAUGUUAUUAGAAAAAUAUAAAUGGAUCUCUUACUUGGAACUUUUAUGGGAUUUAAAUUUAGAAAUGUUUAAAUGUUUUAUUACCAGUUAGCCAAACAAUUUAAUAAAACUUACUUUCGCUUAAAUUCGGAAUUAGGUAUCCUGUAUUUGACGUUUUCAUUUCUUGUCAAAACGGAGGACUUUUUCGUUGAUUUUCUUGUUUUUCCUCGAUAAUAGGGCUGUUUUUGAUCCGGCUCGAAGGACCACAAUGAUUAGGAUUUAUAAUUAGACUUUUGCUGUGUACUUCCGAUUGCAAAUUAAACUUUUGCAGGGCAAUAAAAAUACGUGUGUAUCUUUUUACAACUUUUAAUAAACUCUCGAUGCCAAGUGUCGCGUUGGACAAUGUUUUUAAGCUAAGCUAGGGUCUGAACAACAAUCAAAAAGAUAGAUUCCACUGAAGUGUUCUGUUGGAAAAGAAUGUUACGAAUUCCACAGACCAACCACAUGACAAAUAACUCAAUUUUAAAUAAGCUAAAGGUCAGCAAACGUCAGGAAUGAAGAGAGAAAAACCAACAGUACUAUCAACAGCGCAGGCGCUAUGCUUGUCAAUAUUCGUAAUUUUUUUUGUGUCCAAUUUUAAUACCAACCUUUUAAACAUUCAUUAAAACUUGAAUCCUCUUCUUUUUUUUCAAGAAAUAUUCGCCCAUUUUAUUUUGUUAGUUUUACGUCUAGUUUUACUAAUAAUAUUGUAAUUGCACUGUAUAGCGAGUAUAAUUGUGAUAUUUUUCGAAUGCUCUGUAUUAAGAAAGGUGUUCGACCACCUCUUGCCUAUUUUACAGGGUUAAAUGCAAAUCCCCUAGUACUAAAUAGUGUUAAAAGAUUUCACUAGUGUGAGUGUUUGGUAAUUAUACCAUAUUUUAAUAUAUUAAAUAUUUUUCUCAGAGUAAAAAGACAUAUUUUUUCAGAAAAAAUUACUCGUUUGUGUAACCGUUUAAAAACAAACAAGAAUAUGUGUAAAUUUGGUUUAAAGUUACAGAAAAACUAGUAGUAUAGGUCAGAGCAGUUCUAUAUUUACUUGAACAAUGGUGAUGAUCUUUAAAUUAUUUAUGUGUCUCCCUAUCUAUCUGUUCGCAAAUAACUUAACCCCUUACUGCAUGAUUUUUUUAUUUUUUAUAAAAAAAAAUUUAUGAAUACAAACUUGACUUCAAGAUACGGUAUAAAUAUAAAAAAUAAUCCUACUUGGUUAGUUUUUUAUAUUUUUUUAUUGUUUUUCUGUGUGUCAUAUAUGGCACACUUUGCAUUAAAAUAAGAUUCAACAAGUAAAAUUAAUAAAAAAACGACAUUUAUUACUUUCUAAUAAAAUCAUUCAGUGUGAAAGUUUUAAAAACAAAUUCUAUCUUUGUUUAAGCAAAGAAAACACUACACUUCUCGCAUUUUAUGAAGCUUUUUAAACCAUCAAAAAUAAUACCUAGUUCAGAACGCAUAUUCUGCCAUAUAUGUCCAUGAUAGUUUUGCCGACAUUGCAUAUUGUGGAAUUUAUGGCACAAACAUAUUUUUCAUAAAAAAAUACCAAAAUAUAAAGAAAUACGUGAAAAUACUUAGAGAAUUUCUUUCUUGGAGUCUAUCCUUGAUGUGGCUAUUUUUUUUGUACUUUUGUAAAAAAUAUUCAGUAGAAAUUUCAAUGAUUGAAAAUCAAAUUGCACACUUCUUAUGAAUAGCUGUCACACUGCGACCAUUUGCAAAUUUUCAUAAAAGUUCACUUUGCUGCAUUGAGAUGGCGCUUUAUUACCGCUUAUAAGAAAUAUGUACCGUAUAUGGACAUGUUAUGCAUAAAUACUUUAAGAUAAGAUUCGAUCUAUAAGGGUUAGGUAUAAAACUAAGUAUUGUGCCAUAUAUGACCCACUAUGCGGUAAGGGGUUAACUUCUUCUUCAUGUACCAUGCCCUUUCAGAACGUUGGUUACCAUCAUAUCUACCUUAAUCUUAUUCACUGCCACCCUAAAUAGCAUGCCUGUAUCAACACCAUACCAAUCUCGCAAGUUCUUCAACCAUGAAGUCCUUCUUCGUCCUGGACUAUGUUUGCCUGGUAUUUUCCUUUACAUAGUAACUUAACUGUGCAUAAAAAAUGGUUGUCCACGUUGUUUCAAUCAAAUAAUGUCACCAGGGAGCAAGAAUCGUAUAAGACACACCUUCCUCCUCCAAAACAUAUGAUUUUCUUAGUUAUAGUCGGUUCGCUAAACUCAGACACAACUGGCUAGUGAUUUUAGUCUGUAUUUUUUUGUUUUUUGCCAAUAUUGGCAAAAUUAUUAACUAUUUAGUAAUUAUUUUUUUUGCCAAUUUUUCUAAAUUGGCAAAAUUACUUACUAAAAUCACUAGCAAAUUGUGUCAUGAGUUUAGCGAACCGACUAUAGCAGUGUUUGUUUAAACUUCAAAAUCUUGAAUGAUGUUAAAUACUCCCAUUCUGUGGGUUGUGUGUGUGUGUUUGAGCAUUAUUGGCUUCGGAGUCAAGGUCCAUUCUCCAUCUGACCUUUUUGGAAUUAUUUUGUAUUAAUGAAUGUCGACUCGAUUCAAUUCAUUUCACUUAUUCCCCGUUAGAGGGCGUUCUAACCAUACUGCGGUAUAAAUAGUUUUAUUUUAUACCGAGAAACUACGGACGUGUUGCUGUAAAUUUGUCUUCUGCAGAGCUUUCUUGACAACGGGUAGACCUAGAAAUAGUACUAUCGGGGGAUGGCAGAAGACAAAUUUGAAUCAAAACAAAACCGUAGAUUUUCUAUUUUUAUUUUGUAUUACUUAUGCGGAAGCUCUAAAGCAGUGCUUCUUGCUUUCUUCUAAUUCUGUGGGUUAAUGCUUCUAUUUUUUAUGUAACAUAUAGCCAAAAAUCAUUUAUGGAGAAGUUUGCCGCGUAGAUUUUAAAAUCGAUGGCAGAUUUGCUUAAAUAAAUCGUGAAAAUGUGAGUCUGGUAGGUACAAGUCUGUCUGAAUAGCAGCUACCACUAAUACUCAGCAGUAAUAGACACCUUUGAGUUUUGAGAUAUGCCACUAAAGAAUGCCUAGCUUCCGAUCGUUUGGAAUACACCUGUCCGUAAAUGAUCUUUGUUUCCUCAAAGAGUUUUCAUCUUCCCCGCUGCAUCUCCCAAAAACUUUCAACACAUUUUACACCAUGAGACAAAAUUUUCGCUUCUCAACUUUAUCACACCAUAGAAAAAUGUUUGACUUUUGAAGAAACUCGUUGGAUAUAGAUGAAAUCCUGUAGCGCCCGUUUUCUUUUACUUGAUAUCCUUUUUUAUAAUUUGCACAAAUAUUUUUCAAAUCUCUUUCGCUUUUCCGUAUCAUUUAGUUUUAUUAAUAUUUUUUAAUGUAAAGUCUGUUUUAGACUAUAAAAUAAAAUGAUAUAAGAAAAUCGCAUACUAAGUUUGGUACAAUGUAAAACAGGAAACAAAAUCUGUUAACAGAAAAUGUUAUACAAAUUAGAACAUAUAUAUUUGAUAACAAUUAUACUGUCACAUUGGUUCUUUUAAGGUUAACUUUUCUUUUAAGAAAUGUUGCAACGGAAGCAGCUGAUAAAUAGAGUUUUCUUAUCCAUCAUAUAACAUAUCCUUGUAAUAUAAAAUAUCAAAGAUAAAACUAACUAGGUUAAAUGUUGAGGAAAAUGAGGUUAAAAUAUUCUUAAAAGAAAAUAAGAAGAAGAAAAUUGAGGUUAACAGUACAUGUACCAAUGAUAUACCAUCACAAAAAUAUAAAAAAGUACUUAUUUAGCAUGUAAUGCGCAGAAUCACAUAACACAUUCUAAUAGGAAAAAGUGACAAUGUAAUACACAAAACUUCUUGUCUUAAUAUUGUACACAAUAAUUUCAUGUAAAUUUUUGUUAUAUCAUUUUCUGUUAACAAAAAAAAGUAUAGUCUAAAACAGUCUUUAAAGCUUAACGAUGAAUAAUAUGAUCACAUGAAUAUGAUAUGAUAUAUCACAUGAAUAUCUUUCAAUUUGAAUAUUGAAUCGCGAUGAAUAUCUUUCUUUGCUGUAUUACCGAAAAUAGGAACUGCAGUACGUUUCAUGGACAAUGUCGUUCUUCUCUGGCUACAGAUAUCUUCUUUCUAGUACCUCUGGAGCACUUCAUGACCAACCUACAAUAUUUCAAGCUCCUGAUGUAUUGAAAGAACCUCCCAAGGCAGCCUGGAAUAUUUUAACAAUAUUAUAAAGGCUUUUAAAGCCUUUAUGUUAAAGCUGGAUUACCUUAUGGAUUAUGUUAUAGCUGCUCUAAAGGACUGGAAUUAUUCUGGACGGAAAAUAUAGAUAAACGAGGAUAUAAUAUUAUAUUAUAAUGAUACACAAAUAAAAGUAGGAAAGUUUCACAAAAGUGUGUCAGCUUUUAACAAGUGUGAAAUAAUGAUUUGUAUUAUUGGUUGCUUAAAUUUAGAACAAUAGAUUGGCUAUUAACAUAGACGUAUAUAUUAUAUUAACAUAGACUGAGCCUACCCUCCGCGCUUCCUGACGACAAGAUCUCUUUCUAGCACAUUGUAACGAGAAAGUACGUGGGCGUAUAGGCACGGAAGGGAAGGACUACUGUCGCAGCUUUACUAUGCGUAAGAGUGAAACAGCAAUGAGCCAAAAAGAAAGAUGGUGUCGUCACUUCGCUCAACAUGACACUCCGUCUAUGUUAAUACACAGAGUGAGUCUGUAAUUUGGAAUAAAUUCAAUAUCUCAAAUACUAAUUGUUUUUUGAAAAUUGCUCAGACCCGUCGAUUAGUAUUUCAAGUUGCCUUUUUUGACAUACAAUUAUAAUGUAUACAGGGUGUCCUAAUUUAGAGAUAUGACAUCAUCGUUGAUUUUCUUAAAUGGCAACACUGUCAUUUUGAUUGCUAUUUUGAUAGGGUGUGUAAACUUAUACAUAACUGCAAAAUAUCAAAUUUUUAUUCUUCACCAUUUACAAGAUAAUAAAAAAUAACAAAAAUAUGUCUGUAAUUUGGAAUAAAUUCAAUAAUUCAAAUACUAAUCGUUUUUUUUUUUGGAAAAUGCUCAGACCCCUCGAUUAGUAUUUCAAAUUGUAAUUUUUGACAUACAAUAAUAAUAUAUACAGGUGUCCCAAUUUAGAGAUAUGACGUCAUCGUUGAUUUUCUUAAAUAGCAACACUGUCAUUUUGAUAGGGUGUGUACAGUUACACAUAACUGAAAAAUUUCAAAUUUUUAUUCCCUACCAUUUAAAAGAUAAUAAAAAAUAACAAAUUUAUGAAAAACAAGUAAUCAAAUAAUAAUUUGAAUUUAAUUAUUUAAAUUAAGCAAAUGCUCAUAAUGUUGCGCGUUGACUAUUUGACAAUAGUUGAGGGCAACAUUAUGAGCGUUUGCUUAAUUGAAAUAAUUAAAUUCAAUUAUUAUUUGAUUACUUGUUUUUCAUAACUUUGUUAUUUUUUAUUAUCUUGUAAAUGGUAGGGAAUAAAAAUUUGAAAUUUUGCAGUUAUGUAUAACUUUACACUCCUUAUCAAAACGACAGUGUUGCCAUUUAAGAAAAUCAACGAUGACGUCAUAUCUCUGGGACACAUUAUUAUUAUAUGUCAAAAAUGAAAAUUUGAAAUACUAAUUGACGUUUCUGAGUAUUAAAAAAAAACAAUUAGUAUUUGAAUUAUUAUUGAAUUUAUUCCAAAUUACAGACAUCACUUUGUUAUUUUUUAUUAUCUUGUGAACGGUAGAGAAUAAAAAUUCGAUAUUUUGCAGUUAUGUAUAACUUUACACACCCUAUCAAAAUUACAGUGUUGCAUUUAAGAAAAUCAACGAUGAUGUCAUAUCUCUAAAUUGGAACACCCUGCAUACAUUAUUAUUGUAUGUCAAAAAGGAUAAUUUGAAAUACUAAUCGAAGGGUCUGAGCAUUUUUCAAAAAAACUUUUUGAAAAAAAAAACAAAAAUUUAUUCCAAAUUACAGACUCACUCUGUAUAUAUCUAUGGUUAUUAGUUGACAAAUAAUGGACUGCAUUAUUGGUUGCCUACGUUUAAAGGCGAAUAUGACCAUAGUAUCUUUACAAAAAUUUGCAGAGUGUCUGAAAAACAAUAAGGGUAUUUCUUGUACAAAAUUUGCUCCUUAAAACCAAUAUUAUUAUCUAAGGAUGACAGUUAUUCACAGAAGAGUGCUGGGGAGGCACAGGGUACGUUAUAAUUAUUACUCAGAAACCUUAGUCUUCACUACGUAUAUCUUUUUUAAGAUGGGUUCUGGGAAUUGGUUUUGAUCUUCCAGAGUUCAGUCAUGUUUUAUCUGGAAUUAACACCUGGUGUCGAAUUUUACUAAAACUCAUCAGAAAAAUGUGACUUGUAUUAAAUUGUAGAUUAAUAAAGAAACCAAAAAUCUAGACUACACUAUGAUUUUGUUUGUUUUUGAAGGUUGUUUGUGUACUCCGCUAGACUGUAUGAUACUGUAACAUGCUCAUUCGUCUAAAUCGGCUGCUUGGUAAUAACUUGUAGAAUAAAUAAUUUGGUUCGAUUGCAGUCUUUUUUAGUUAAUAUUUGGUACGAUCAACUAUACAGAUUUGUUAAAUUGCUAGAGCAAACAUAAGCACACAGCAAAAAGUCUGUAUAGAUGUCUUUGUGAAUGUUGUGUUGGUAGUAAGUACUUUUUGGUACUUAUUGAAAGUACUUUAUUGGAAAUCUUGUUUACAGUUGCUGUUAAUUUAUUUGAUUUAUGUUUAGUUUUAGCUAUUACCGAAAUAAAAAUUACUUCAUACAA